GCUCUUCCCUCCCACCGCUUAACCUUCAACCUCUCCCAAUCCAACACCUGCCAAACCACCUCAAUUCGAUUGGGUGCGCAGCUAGUAGAAGGGAAUUUCGUCAACCUUCUCUCCCACGUCUUCCAUUGACGGCUUUUUGUUUUUUUCUUUUCUUCCCUUUUUUUCAUUAUUGCUCAAAAGCUCGAGGUACCACGCGCGCAAUCCAUCCUCACAAGGUAGCUUCAUAGCACCAAAAUCUCCCACAAUGUCGAGAUCAAGAAACUCGAUGGCCUUUGGCUUCGGCCUCCUGGCCUGGAUGGUUCUCCUCUUCUCCCCCCUGGCUUUCUUCCAGACCGCUCAGGCUCAGGACACUGAGGACUACGGCACUGUCAUCGGUAUUGAUCUUGGAACCACCUACUCUUGCGUCGGUGUGAUGCAGAAGGGCAAGGUUGAGAUUCUCGUCAACGACCAGGGUAACCGUAUCACUCCGUCUUACGUCGCCUUCACCGAGGAGGAGAGACUCGUCGGUGACGCCGCCAAGAACCAGGCCGCGGCCAACCCCCAGAACACCAUCUUUGACAUCAAGCGAUUGAUUGGCCAGAAGUUCUCCGACAAGAGCGUCCAGUCCGACAUCAAGCACUUCCCCUACAAGGUCAUCGAGAAGGAUGGAAAGCCCAUCGUCGAGGUCCAGGUCGCCGGCUCCCCCAAGCGUUUCACCCCUGAGGAGGUUUCCGCCAUGAUCUUGGGCAAGAUGAAGGAGGUUGCCGAGAGCUACCUUGGCAAGAAGGUCACCCACGCCGUCGUUACCGUUCCCGCCUACUUCAACGACAACCAGCGCCAGGCCACCAAGGAUGCCGGUAUUAUUGCCGGUCUUAAUGUCCUCCGCAUUGUCAACGAGCCCACUGCCGCCGCUAUCGCCUACGGUCUUGACAAGACUGACGGUGAGCGCCAGAUCAUUGUCUACGACCUUGGUGGUGGUACCUUUGAUGUCUCCCUGCUCUCCAUUGACCACGGUGUCUUCGAGGUCUUGGCUACUGCCGGUGACACCCACUUGGGUGGUGAGGAUUUCGACCAGCGCAUCAUCAACCACUUCGCCAAGUCCCACAACAAGAAGAACAGCGUCGACAUUACCAAGGACCUCAAGGCCAUGGGCAAGCUCAAGCGUGAGGCCGAGAAGGCCAAGCGUACCCUCUCCUCCCAGAUGUCCACUCGCAUUGAGAUCGAGGCCUUCUUCGAUGGCAAGGAUUUCUCCGAGACUCUUACCCGUGCCAAGUUUGAGGAGCUCAACAUAGACCUCUUCAAGAAGACCAUGAAGCCCGUCGAGCAGGUGCUCAAGGACGCGAAGGUCAAGAAGGAGGACAUUGACGACAUCGUUCUCGUUGGUGGCUCUACCCGUAUCCCCAAGGUUGUUAGCCUCAUUGAGGAGUACUUUGGCGGAAAGAAGGCUUCCAAGGGCAUCAACCCCGAUGAGGCUGUCGCUUUCGGUGCCGCCGUCCAGGGUGGUGUCCUUUCUAACGAGGUCGGCGCUGAGGACAUUGUUCUCAUGGACGUCAACCCCCUGACGCUCGGUAUUGAGACUACCGGAGGUGUCAUGACCAAGCUGAUCCAGCGCAACACCCCUAUCCCUACCCGCAAGAGCCAGAUCUUCUCCACCGCCGCCGACAACCAGCCUGUCGUUCUUAUCCAGGUCUUUGAGGGUGAGCGUUCUCUUACCAAGGACAACAACCAGCUUGGAAAGUUCGAGCUCACUGGCAUCCCCCCCGCGCCCCGUGGUGUCCCCCAGAUCGAGGUUUCCUUCGAGCUCGACGCCAACGGUAUUCUCAAGGUCUCGGCCCACGACAAGGGCACUGGCAAGCAGGAGUCUAUCACCAUCACCAACGACAAGGGCCGUCUCACCCAGGAGGAGAUCGACCGCAUGGUCGCCGAGGCUGAGAAGUAUGCCGAAGAGGACAAGGCUACCCGUGAGCGCAUUGAGGCUCGCAACGGUCUCGAGAACUACGCCUUCUCCCUGAAGAACCAGGUCAAUGACGACGAGGGUCUCGGCGGCAAGAUUGACGACGAGGACAAGGAGACUAUUCUCGAGGCUGUCAAGGAGACCACCAGCUGGCUCGAGGAGAACAGCGCCACCGCCACCACCGAGGACUUCGAGGAGCAGAAGGAGAAGCUGUCCAACGUCGCCUACCCCAUCACUUCCAAGAUGUACCAGGGCGCCGGUGACGCUGGCGGUGAUGAUGAGCCCCCCAGCCACGACGAGCUCUAAAUCCAUAGGUUUUUUGUUGCUUCGUUCGGGAUUUAAAAAGAGACAUUGCCCAAAGAUAUUCCAUGAUGCAAUUUUCGUCUCUGGUGUUGGCAGGUUGAUCGGCGUCGGCAGCAUGAAGCAUGACAUAACUUCACUAUUGUGUACACUUAACGCGCAUAAAUGAGGACGUAUUGAACACAUUUCGCUUUCCAUGAAGGUGCUUUACAAAAAUGCUCCAUAUCGGUGUGGAAUUGUUCUGACGAGGGAUUUAUAGAGUGUUUAGAGCAAGCUGUUACAUCCGUUUGUUUGUCUUUGAUAGAGUCCCCAUCGUCCCCUAACAUAUUGCAAGUUCUAUGGAUGUUGCGAAUUCAAAGGCUUGGUACCAUGGAUUGUUUCUGGCCCAAGCCGACAGCAAAUUAUAGGAAUGCCCUGAGAUGUGGCUGUUAACAGCCACUGUAGCUGAAUAAACAC